UAUAUAUUGUGAUCGGACAACCCGUGUGUUAUCUUAAAUAGCAAAUUUUUGUAUUUAAGUUGGAAAAUAGUUGGUUUUUUGCGUUUAUAUUUUAAAUAAUUUCUACAUAUUUUUGUGCAUAAUGAACAUCACUAUUUUACAACUAAGCAAGAAAAGAAAUUAACUUCACUCGGUGACGCCAUUUUGUAAAACUUUUUAUACACUCCUUAUAAAUGGAAUUUGGUAAAAAAAGGUAUAAGGGUGGUCGGACACCUUCUAUUAGGUCCAGUGAAAGGCGUCGUCCUCAAAGUGUUUCAUCAAUAUCCACACUAUCCCCGAGAGUUGUUUUGUCAAGAUUGGAACCGAGGGAGUUUGAACGUCUUCGACUAUCCUACAAAGUUGCAAUCGACCAAAGAAGAUCCAGAAGCUGCCGUGGCAUGAACAUGGGUCAAAAAAUUAGUGGCGGAGUCAAAACAGUUAGUCGUAAUGAUUCACAGUCUACAUUCAAACCAAUAAUACCAAGAGAGUUACAAGCUGAUUUCGUUAAACCUGCGCGAAUCGAUAUUUUACUUGAUAUGCCGCCAGCAUCUCGAGAUCUUCAAUUAAGGCAUUCAUGGAACUCCGAAGAUCGGUCUUUAAACAUUUUUGUAAAAGAGGACGACAAGUUGACAUUUCAUAGGCACCCAGUGGCUCAAAGUACUGAUUGCAUUCGCGGAAAAGUCGGACUUACAAAGGGAUUGCACAUUUGGGAAAUUUAUUGGCCAACAAGGCAAAGAGGAACACACGCUGUUGUUGGCGUAUGCACUGCAGAUGCACCAUUACAUUCAGUUGGAUACCAAAGUUUAGUCGGAUCAACUGAACAAAGUUGGGGCUGGGACUUAGGAAGAAAUAAAUUAUACCAUGACUCAAAAAACUGCGCUGGAGUCACAUAUCCAGCCAUUCUUAAAAACGACGAAGCUUUUUUAGUUCCAGAUAAGUUCUUAGUAGCGUUAGAUAUGGACGAAGGAACACUAAGCUUCAUUGUUGAUCAGCAGUAUCUCGGUAUUGCGUUUAGAGGACUGCGAGGAAAAAAACUAUAUCCAGUUGUUUCGGCGGUUUGGGGACACUGUGAAAUAACAAUGCGUUAUAUUGGUGGAUUAGAUCCCUAUGUUGCUGGCAUUGUGUCCACCAAGUCCCUGCAUCGUUGGGGGGAAAUCUAAACUCAUGCAUCCUGCACAACUUGCCAAAGGUCAGUAUUAGAGCUCGGGGAGUUCUUCAACACAUAAUGUUUAAUGUCGCCCCACAGGUUUUCGAUCGGUUUUAGAUUGGGAGAUCGUGUUUAUUAGGUUUAUUAGGCCAGUUUAAUUGGGUUUUGGCGAAAUCUUACCUCUGCCUUUGACUAUGUGGGGACACUUAAAUUUUCAUUCUGUAGUCGUCGUCGAAGGAUUAACCUUGCUCAAACGCACUUUGUGUCGAUCCUCUGUAUCUUAGGUUUAUGGCACCACAAUUUACGGGCUUCAAAUCAUAUUUAAUGGCAUUAGAUCCUUUCUAAGCUUAUUUUUUUUUAAUUGAUUGUCCUUUUAAAUAUACUAAUCAACUUAACCAAACUCACUUUUUGCAAAAUAUUGAUCAUUUCGAGACUUUUCGUUGGACAAACCCAGACAUUUUUAUUCUAAUGAUCAGCUUAAAAAUUGUGAAUUUGCUCAACAAUAUAAAGAUAUAAAUAAGCAUAACUUGAAAAACUAACGGGACUUUCUUUUUUUUCUACCUAUACAGCCCAUUUUACAAAAAUUAGUAAAAAAAAAAAGUUGCUCACGAAAAGGGAUAGUUUCUCAUCCACUGUUAUUUUAAUGAACACAAAAAACAUAAGGUUAAUUCAUUUGAUUUCUCAGAAAAAAAAACAAGAAAGAACGCUAUAGUCGAGUUUCCCGACUAUCUGAUACCCUGACAGUUUUUGGCGGUUUGUGAGUG